AAAGAAGUGCGUAAUUUGCAAUCCCAUCUGGAAAGCGUGUCAAAUACAAACCAUCUUGUCAUCAAAUCUAGUAGAAGUUGCUUAUACAGUCUCAAAGUGCAAUAACUUUUACCCAUCUCUCUUAAUCUACAAAAAAAAAGCGCUCAUCAUUGAGCAUGACAAACCAGAUGAUCUCUCGAAUGUUCCGUGUCAAGAAACUUUCUAACAAGAUCGUUCUACCCGUCUACAAAGAUUCGGAUCUACCGGACCUUGUGAACUCUAUUAGUGCUCAACAAAGAACAGUUCCUCAGAUAGAAACUGGUGUUGAGAAGGAGGAGGAGGAGGAGCACGAUCUUCAAGCCGCAAUAUCUGCUGCACAAGCUGCGGUAACAACAGGCGCAAAGAUAGAAAGUUUUAUUCCUACACCUGAUGCAUCUAGAACCAUAAGCGAAGAGAUGUACCUCUCUCUCUACAAAAAGAAAUUUAUACAACCUUCGACAAAUAUUCGUUUUUCAUCAACAGUCGAAGAUACUAGUGGCUGCACUUAUGUUGUAGAUGAAGAAGAUAUCUCUUUCUUGACCCAGUUUAAUGUAAAACAUUCUUCUGAAAUGAAUGAGGUUACUUUUGAGAACAUAAUGCAUCAUAUUGAGGCUGUUGUUGAGCAAAAUUUUCCACAUCUUUAUCUGGAUCCAUCUCAAGUACCUGCAUUUAAUAACAUAUAUCCUUUGUUCCCAGAGCACUCCAAUAUUCGCUCGCAGACUGGCCUAGAGCAAAUAUAUUUGCAUUGGAAAAAAAAGUGUCAGCACAGACAAGGCCGAUCAAUUAUACCCAGAGUGAGACAUGAAGAUCUCAUAAAAGGUGAUGGCGAUCCUUAUGUCUGUUUCCGCCGGAGAGAGACAAAGGCUCUGAGAAAGACACGCCAGUCUGAUCAGCAUGCCCUGGAUAGACUGCGUAAACUACGGACUCAGAUGGAGAAUGCCCGAAACCUACUUGAGAUGGUACUUCGUCGAGAAAAACACAGAAAGGAGAGUCUUGUUCUAGAGCAUACAGUAUUUGACUCUCGAUGCAAACUACGUGCUUACCAACGACAAUUGGGGAUCAAUGAUGAUGAAGACAUAUUCCCAGUAUCAAGAAAGAAGCACAGGUUAAUUCCGGAAGAAGGAUUCUCUGGAACAACUAUUAAGAUUCCUCUUAACCGAUUAAAACGUGAUAACGCUGAUAAAUCUGGGGUUCAACUCGCAAUUGAGUCAGAUAUUGCUCGAAAGAGAGAUUUAGAUUCUGCAUUUGAAGACAUCACAGCUAAAAAUAAUAUCCUACAGCGUCCCUACAAUCCAUUCAGCAUUCCAAUUCCUUGCAGCUUUUACCAGAAGAUCCCACUGCAAAAUAAUAAAUGUCGUUACAGAAAGCGAGCAGGCCGUGGUGGAAGAAUCUUUCUUGACCGGUCUUACUCUCGCCAAACUUGUGAAAAUAUGGUGUCAGCUAAUCCUCACCAAGAAGUAGAAAUUUAUAAUCGAUUCCAAUUUGAUUCGGACCCGAGUGAUAAUGAAGAUAUUGAAGAGUGGCAGGUAGAUCAAAUGAAUAACAAUUUCCUCGGGCAUCGGGUCAAGCUUCUUUCAGAGCUAGAACUCCGCAAUCUUGCUGCCAUGCCUGUAAUAAACCCGUCAAAUACCUUGAACUUUCGGGCUAAUCAGGGAGUACCUACAUCUCAAAAACAAUCUGAUGUUAGCGGUGGCUCGAACACUUCGUCUUCCUCGCCUUCCUCAUCUCCUUUAAAUAAUCAAACAUCUACUGUAACCUCGCAACCAAUUAAAAGGCAAAAUAGCAGAGCCAGAUUGACACCUCAACAGGCUGCAGUAGCCAUGGCUAAUGAUAUGCUGGUUGCUAAUAUGACUGCUGUUGUCAAUAGCAGCGGUCAAAAUAGAACUGUGUCCCACUUCAGUCCAACCCAAUGGGCAUUCUUAUUAUUCAAAGCAGCUGUUACCCGGAUCAUCUGUACCCAGUGGAGUUACUCCUAUACUAAUACCUCCACGCCUGAUGAAAAAUGGAUCCUCUCAGGCCUCGUUAUCUAG